GGCCCGUGUUGCAUCAAAACGUCCAAGAAUCUCAAAGCCUCAUCCCGUACCACUUAAACUCACGUACAAAAGGAAGGUGCAAAGUGAACUCACCUCCAAUUUAUCCCAAUUUGCUCGGGCUCGCGAUUCAUUCAGUAUGUCACCUACAACCCCAGAGCCGGCCAUCCCAACGGUCGCCGAGACGCUCAAGCAUCCAGCAUUCCCAACCGCCACCUUCAGGUUCGAACCGGAUCGCAAAGGCCUGGUGCCAGUAGCUGAAGGCCGCGGAGGGCCGGUCAACAUAUCGUGGGAAAUCCAUGGCGCCGGACCCAUCAAGCUUAUCUUCAUCAUGGGCUUGGGCGGUCUCAAAUCCGCCUGGCAGCGGCAGACGCUGCACUUCGGGCACGAGCGGCGCGACCAGUACUCGGUGCUACUGAUCGACAACCGCGGCAUGGGCGACAGCGACAAGCCGCUGAUGCGGUACAGCACGAGCGAGAUGGCGCGCGACCUGGCCGAGGUGCUGGCCCACCCGUCCGUCGGCUGGCUCCCGUCCUUCCCACUCCCGGCCUCCUCCUCCUCCUCCUCUUCCUCCUCGGUAGAGCGCACGCUGCACGUGGUGGGCGUCUCGAUGGGCGGCAUGAUCGCGCAGGAGCUGGCGUGCCUGAUCCCGGCGGCCAUCUCGUCGCUGUCGCUGAUCUGCACGGCGGCCGCGAUCGAGAAGCACGACGUCUCGUUCGCCGAGAACGUGGCCAACCGCGUGCAGCUGCUGCUGCCCAAGAGCGUGGACCGGUCGGUGCGCGACACGGCGCGCCAGCUGUUCGCGCGCGCCUGGCUGGACGCGCCCGAUGACGUGCACCUGCCGGACCCGGCGACCACGCCCAAAUGCCUGCCGCCUGCCGGGGAGGGGGCCGGCGAGAAGUACCUCAGGUUCGAGACCAACGCGCAGCGGUUCGUGGCGCAGGAGAUGCACAAGCGUCUCGACCCGCUGCGCAGGUUCGGGCUUAAGGGGUUCCUGCUGCAGCUGAUCGCGGCCGGGUGGCACCACAAGAGCCCGGAGCAGCUGCGCGAGAUGGCCGACCGGGUCGGGAGAGAGAGGAUUCUGGUCAUGCAUGGGACCGAGGACGGCAUGAUCAGCGUGCCGCAUGGGAGGAAGCUGAUCGAGUAUAUUCAGCCGGCGAGGGGCUUCAUCGAGGAAGGGAUGGGCCACGCGCCGCUGGUGGAGAGGUACGAGUGGUUCAAUCGGACAAUUGAAGAGCAAUGUGCUAUUGGGGAAAGGUUAGAUGGGCGGCUGUGA